CAACCCUACUCUCUCCCUCUCUCGCUCGUAGAGUUCAAUCCGUUUCGAGCGAAGCAAACACCAAACAGGCGCUUAUUAUGCGAACUAUACAAGAGUCUUUCACAGAAUAGGAAGAGAGCUCAAAGAGAGGAAGAGACCAGAGAGAUCAAUUGAGAGAGUAUGUCAGACGAAUCAGAGAAGAGGUUUCAUGCUAUAAUGGACAAGCUAUUCAGUUCUCCCAAACCUAAAUCCAAAUCAACUGCAGCAAUCAGUCCAACACAGACCGCGAGUUCGCCUGGUGUUCAGUUGUCAGGAGGUAAAAAACGCCCGAGUACGCCAUUUUCGGUAUUGGAACUGAAUUCCAGAGGGAACGUAGCUGAGGGAUCACAGAUGCCAUCCGUGUCGGGUGGAUUAGUGCAAGCUCCGCUGUGCAGACCGUGGAACCGAGGGGAUCUUAUGAGGAGGUUGGCUACUUUCAAGUCCAUGACAUGGUUUGCUAAACCGCAGGUAGCAAGUCCAGUAAAUUGUGCUAGAAGAGGUUGGAUCAAUGUAGAUGUGGAUACAAUUGCUUGCGAAGCAUGUGGCACGCGUCUCUACUUUUCUACUCCAUCGUCCUGGGCGCAUCAUCAAGCUGAGAAAGCAGCAUUGGUGUUUAGCCUAAAGCUGGAUAACGGACAUAAGCCACUUUGCCCAUGGACUGACAAUUCCUGUGAUGACACACUAGCACAGUUUCCACCUACCACAACUCUGAUUUUGGUAGAUGAGUACAAGAAACGUUCUUCUGCUCUCAUGCACCUUUUAGCCCUUCCUGUAAUUUCAUCUUCAGUGAUUGAUUACAUGAGAAGCCCUCAACUGGAACACUUUCUCCAAGGAUCCUCAAUUAUUGGUGGCAGCAAUGAGUCUGCAGACACUUAUCAAAUUGAAAACCCAGGAAAUGAAGUCGACAUGGACUCUUCUGUCUCAUAUUAUCAGGCACAAAAACUCAUAAGUUUAUGUGGGUGGGAACCUCGUUUGCUACCUUAUAUUGUUGACUGCAAGAAACGGCGGAAUCAGUCCAUUAGAGAUGCCAACUUCUCAUGUUUAUCUCAGGGGGUCACUGAUGGACAGAAUUCUAGUAUUGUUGUCUAUUCUUCUGGUAGAGAAGAAACCAUGGAGACAAGUGAUGAUUCUGUGGCUUCUGGAAUGGUGCAGUUUGAUCCCAAUUCUGUUGUGUUGGACUGCAAACGUUGUGGAGCAACUGUUGGAUUAUGGACUUUCUCUACAGUUCCAAGGCCUUUGGAAUUGUUAAGACUUGUAGGAGACACAGAACUUGAUGGUGAACAUGAUUCUGCUCAGCAUAAAGAAGCUGCCAAUUAUGGUGAUCCUGGGGGUUCUGGAACCCAUGACUUCGGCGUUACUAAUCGUGCUGAGAAUACAGAAAGGACAUCUAAUACUGGUCCUACCAGUGUUGCAUAUUCAAGUGAAAGACAGUUCAAUUUAAAAUUGACAAUUGCAGGGGGUCCUCCACCAACAAAACAGAACUUCAAAGCAAAAAUUUCUAUGCCUGUAAUAGGACGGAAUUUGAGAGCUAGAUUUGCCUCUGACUCAGAUUUUAGGGAUCGUCUAUGUGCUAAGAUUUCAUUUGAGGAAGAUGAAAAUCACAGGGAAAACAAUGUUACUGUUGAAGAUGUUUGUCCGCUAGAUGUAAGAUUAUUAGAUGGCAAGGAAGGUGAUAAGCAUUGUGAUUCUACAACCAACAGACAGUUGGCAUGUUCAGAUAUUGAUUUCAGUGAGCGAGGGGAUGCACUUAGAAGUGAUAAAAACAGUGACAAUUCAUCUGGAGCAACAGGUAGUGGACAAGGCUUAUGUGAAACCAGUAAACUAGAUUCCAUUGUGGAAAAUCCAGUAAAGAGGGAUUCACUUUCAGUGGAUGGCUCCAGUAAGAAUGACACUGUGCAAGAAAGUGCUGAUGUGAUUGCUACAGUCAAUCCACCAGUGGGGGCUGGUAGUAGUUUUCAAGUUGAAGACACUUCCAUGGUGACCAAAAGUGGCCUAGUCAACAGUAGAAAUGAGGAAAUUGUUGAAAAAGAUGCUUCAGUGACAGUUAAUGCCAGCUCUAGUUAUCUGCAGCAGAACACAAUAACUAAUACGCUACGCAGCAUGGUAGAUAGCCAAGAUGGGUCUGGGGUCAAAUCCAGAGUGCAGUUCAUAAACAACACUGUUUUCCCCUGUAGCACGGGAAAGGAUCAAGACCAACUACCCUCUUCUGAAGCCAUGGAAUUUGAUCCAAUAAGGCAGCACAGGCAUUUUUGCUCCUGGAUUGCUUCAACUGGCAAAUCACUGCCAGGGUGGCAACAAACAUUAUCUGCUUUACAACGCCAGAAGGAAUUUGAUUGCCCUCCAUCCACAGAUACUCCGUCUUCUUCCUUUAUCGAGGUGGAUGAUCCUCUCACUUCAGUAAAAAAUCUGUUCAUGUCUCCUUCCGCAAAAAAAAUGAAGCUCACUCAUGGCUCAAGUUAAUGCACCAAACAGUUGACUUUGCAAUUUGUUGGAAUUGUUAUGGUCAUUACUGGAAUGGGAGUUCCGGCUAGCAGAAUCCUCGUGUUGCAAGAACAUCUUAAAAGUGUUGUAUCUUUUUCUUUUUCCCCUCUCUUUCUACUCUUAUCAUCAUUUGUCAGUUUCGAUUUCCAUUUUUCCUCGUGUUUCCCUCCACUUUUUGAUGAGCAUUAUCUGUGCUGCUACUUCAGUCUCAGGUUUUAGUAGCCUGUUCUUCAUUGAAUUACACGAGAAAUUUCUUUUUUUAAUAGUGAAGAACUGGUGGAAAAUAUAGGAGUCUGAAUUUGCCUUUCCAUAAUGAAUUGAACAUAAAAUGUAUGGUA